AUGAUAUCAAAUCCUAUCAUCCUCUGAUUUUUCCUCCUCAUACUUCCUUACCAUACCCAAAGCAUCCAAUACACCUACAAUUUCUUUGGCCAAGAUUCCUCAACCACCACAUUCCUCGACUCCAGCUCCUCCCCUUCAGCUCCUACACUCUCCAAACAACCUUCCAAUUAUCCAACCACCGUGCCCCAAGGCCUCCACUUCACAAACGUAGCAGCUCUGAACAUUGAAAACGGACCUUUUGGCCCAACCUCGAAUGAGUUUUCCUUUGAAGUCUGGAUCUAUUUGUUCGAUAUUGUAGACACGCCUAUAAUGGAAGCAACUGUGCUAGACGGAAGCAGUGCGCAGAAAGGAGCUAAUAUUGAACUGAGAGAUAUAGGUGAGUAA